AUGCUGCCCUUACACCAUGAGCCCUGUACCCUACUCCCAGUGACCCUGCUAUCCCGUGGCCAUGCUGCUCCCGUAAUCACGGAAAAGGAUAUGCUCCGCUUACCUGAUUCCCUCAUUGUAGGGCGGCCCACACUACGCCUUGAGACGUUGUCAACGACGACUACGCCGGCACCCCCUUCGGCCACUGGAGGGGUCGCGACGGCUACAAACGGGGGCAAGUACUUCGGCACCUCCCCGACGGCCGCGUCCGACCGUCCCAUACGCCGACGAACGGGUAGGCUGGGUUUGGUGGCAGGGCAGUCCCCUGGUUUCAGGCGAUAUCAGUCACCAUUAAAAAUUUCUGCACCACCCCCUAGUCACCAUGUGCUCUCCACCCUUACCCCUGUACACCCUACUACCCCAGUGCACCCAUGCUACCCCUGUAGUCCCUGGCCCCGUACAUCACGGAAAAAGGGUAUGCUCCCCACUUUCCUGAUACGCCUCCACACUACGCCUUUGAGUCGCUUAAAAGACGACUACCCGGGACCCCCUUCGGGCCCCUCGGGAAACUCGCGACGGUACAAGACGGAGGGGAAAUACUUUGUGCACCCCCCGACGGCCCGGGCCCCGCCGUACGUACUACGCCCACGAACUGGACCACCCCCGUCUCGCCCCCUGUCCCAGGCACCCUCCUACCCCGGGUCCAUGUGCCCUGUACAUCAGGAAAAGGUUUUCUCCUGUUUUCCUGAUACGCCUCCCCACACGCCCUUUGAGUCGCUGUCAACGAGCACGCCGGGACCAUUCGGCCCCUCGGAGCUCGGACGGGUACAAGACGGAGGCUCCUCUACUUUGGGAACCCCUGUCCCCCAGCCCCAGGAAAAUGCUGUCCUGUACACACGGGAAAAAAAUAUGCUCCUUCUUAUCCCGAAAGACUCGCUGGGACCCACUUCGGGCCCCUCGGAGGGUCGUGACGGCUACAAGACGGAGGGGAGUAUUCGGACCCCCCUGCGGCCGGCCAAACCCUCAUUACUCCCCGACGAGAGGCUACCACCCACCGUCUCGACCCUAAAUAGUUUUGUUUCUGAAUUUAUACCUUCCGAAUACCAGUAUAGAUACCCGCAGCUCCACUCAUGUAACCCCGUACAUCAUGUUCCCCUGAACACGGAAAAAAGGGUUUUCCUGCUUUUCCGACUGUCAAGCACUACCCGGCCCCACCGGCCCCUCGGAGGCUCCGACGGCUACAAAAAGGAGGGGAAUACUUCGGCACCUCCCCGACGGCCGCGUCCAGACCCUCACUUACUACGCCCACAGACGGCUACCACCCCACCGUCCGUACGAGGGGCGGCCCCCUACACGCCCCCCGCGCCCCCCCUCACCCCCCUGAGCCAACAUAUCAUGUCCCUGAACCAGCAUAUCAUGCCCUAG